AUGGUGAAGUCAUCAUCGUGUAGCGAGAAACUAGCAGGGUUGAAGAAAGGGCCAUGGACUCCCGAGGAAGACCAGAAGCUUAUGUCUUAUAUUCAUCUGCACGGCCAUGGAAGCUGGUCUUCCUUGCCUGCAAGAGCUGGACUCCGAAGAUGUGUGAAGAGCUGCAGACUGAGAUGGACUAAUUAUCUAAGACCUGACAUCAAACGAGGCAACUUCAGCUUGCGGGAAGACCAGACCAUUAUUCAACUUCAUGCUCUUCUCGGAAACAAGUGGUCGUUAAUAGCACAUCACUUGCCGAAGAGAACGGAUAACGAGAUCAAGAACUAUUGGAACACCUGCCUUAAGAAGAAGCUCACCAGAAUGGGCAUCAACCCCACCACCGACAAGCCCGUAGACGACGCCGCCAACCUCUGCCAUAUGGCUCAGUGGGAGACUGCUCGGCUCGAAGCCGAAGCCAGGCAAGUCAAAGGCUAUUCAAAAAUGCAGCUCCAGAACCAGCUCGGCUCCUCCUCCUCCCAGCUUUCACUGACUCGGCUCAAUUCAUGGUCGUCCGCCAUGUCGAAUCCCUCAACAGAGAACACCCCCAAAGCGCAUAGCAUGUACGCCAUGAUGCUCGCCACCGACGACGUCGAGUCGCCGGCGUCCACGUUGAGCUUCCCGGACACUGUCCCUCCCAACUCCAAAUGUACUGAUAGUAACAAUACAUUUGGGCUGAUCAAUCAGAGUUCAUUUCCUUCUUCCUCCACCACCGUCGCAAAUGACAGUGGAAUCAUGAAAGAAGCGAGCGACAGUGAAAACAUAGUUGGAGGCUUGGGAGACAAGGACAAUGUUAUGGUGGCUGUGGAAGCAUUUAGAUCAACAAGGUAUGACUGUAGCUCCAUGGAAGGUAUCCAUAAUGAUGAUCUGUUGGUGUAUGGAUUUAGUGAGAUGUCACCACAACAAAACUUGGAUGUUUCAAGUUUUGGAGAUGAUUGGGAAGCCAUUCUUGACCUGGUCCAUGGUUAG